CAAGAAAAUAAUAUAUAGAUAUACAUACGUGUACUUAAGUAGUAUUUGUUUACUGAAUUUAUUUACUAAAUUAAAACUUUAAACAAUAAAGUAAAAUUGAUUGUUGUCAAUAUUUCAGAAUUUAAAUGCGAUUCUAAAUUCUAUCGACAUUCGACUUCAGAACUUAGAUCAGUUUUGUUCCUUGCACUCGGCGACGAUACAAAGCAAGCUCGCCUAUUACGAGAGGAAAUUGGACAAAAUGGAAAAAGAAAUAUUGAGGAUAGAAAUGAGGAUAAAAAUUGAUUUAGAUAAGGUAUCGGAGAAUAUCAGUAACAAAAAUUUCAAAGAUGAUAUCGCAGCCGACAGAAUAAUAAAAAAAAUUGAUUCUGCAUUCGAUAGAGUCAGUAACAAGUACUCAAUUAUAGAAAGCAAUAUGGACCUGGUAGCUACAAAAAUUCAGAAUACCAGGGAUGUCGUGAUCAAAAAAUUAGAUAAAAUCGAUGAAUCAUUAUACAUUCGUGACGAAGAAACUGCCGCAGAAAUGGAAGAUGCAAUAGAAGACUUAAAAAAAGUUUGUAGUUCGGUAGAAGAUAAUUUACUUAACAAAACGCAGGAACAUAUAAAGAGCCUCUCGAAUCAGACUAAAAUUUCAACAAAUGGCCAUCUCAAUGAAGUUAAAUUAUUGUACGAAAACAGUAGUCUCGGAAAUGAAUCAUUUUCAAAUUGCAGUGGUAUUGGAAUAGCUCUGGACAAAAAUAAGGCAGACAUUGAAAUCAGUAUUAACGAUUUUACAAACAAGGUACGACAGAAGAAUUAUCUAGUUUCUCUGCAAUCUAACACUUAAAAAUAAAAAUAAUUAGCCAUGAAAGGUAGACAUUCUUUCCUACUUGUUAUUGUACUUAUAAUUGGCGAAUAAUUGAAAUAAAAACAAAUGAUAAGCUAUGUACGAUAAUGUACGAGCCACCACGUAUUUUGAUUUUUAAAUGUUAAUUCUUUCGCAAUGAAGCAACUG